AUGAAGAAGAGUUCAAAAUCAGAUAACUCAACCUCAACCUCAACCUCAACCUCAACCUCAACCUCAACCUCUGUUGUUCGCAAGGGUUAUCUUGCCAAGGAUGAAAUUGAAUGGGAGUUUGGUGGUCCAUAUGGGGCAUUAGCAAUGAUUAUUGGAUUCCCCUUGUUGAUGUGGUAUAUGUGGAUAAGUGCUGAAUUUUACUAUGGAAAAUUAGCCUGGCCUGCUGAAGGUCAAUCAUGGUGGUAUUUCUUGAUCUUGAUAUGGGAAUUAUUCAAGUUGAAUGGGUUGCCCACUUUUGCAACUUGGUCCUUUUUCACGGGGUUUAUAUUAUUGCAGGGUAUUUUUUAUCUUAGUUUGCCCGGUGUUUGGACAAAGGGACAACCAUUGACCCAUUUAGGAGGUAAACAAUUGCCUUAUUUUUGUAAUGCCAUUUGGUCAUUUUAUACAAGUAUUGUGUUGGCCCUCUUUUUGCAUUUUACCGAUAUUUUACCAAUUUACUAUAUGUUGGAUAAUUUCGGUAGGAUCAUGACGGUUGCUAUAUUUUACGGUAUAGUUGCAUCGAUUGUGAUUUACCUUGUUUGUCUUUUAAAGACUGGUGAUUAUCACAGAAUGACAGGAAAUCAUAUUUACGACAUGUUUGUUGGGGCUCCGUUGAAUCCGAGAAUAGGUAAAUACCUCGACUUGAAAAUGUUUUUCGAGGUUCGUAUACCUUGGUUUAUUUUAUUCUUUUUGAGCUUGGGAUUGUGUUUUAAACAAUAUGAGAAUGAUGGCAGCGUGAGUACCCAAGCAUUAUUCUUAUUAUAUGCACAUUGGCUCUAUGCAAACGCUUGUGCUAAAGGCGAAGAGUUGAUUGUGCCCACUUGGGAUAUGGCUUACGAAAAGUUUGGAUUCAUGUUGUUGUUUUGGAAUAUUGCCGGUGUUCCAUUCACUUAUUGCCAGUGUACCUUGUACCUCGCUUACCAUGACAGAAGCGAGUAUAAUUGGUCAACGGCUUACAAUGUGUUUUUAUUUAUUUUAAUUACAGUGGCAUACUAUUUUUUCGACACGGGUAAUCGUCAAAAGAAUAGUUUUAGAAGAACCAUGGCUGGAAUCGGUGGCUUGCGCAAAACUUUCCCAUAUUUGCCAUAUUCUGAUAUAGUCAAUCCAAAAUAUAUCAAGUGCGAAAACGGAUCUGUUUUGUUGACUGAUGGUUGGUAUGUAUAUGCUAGAAAGAUGCAUUACACUGCUGAUUAUAUUCAAACAUUAACAUGGGCCUUGAUGUGCGGUGGAGCUUCGUUACUUCCAUGGUUUUUCCCCUUAUUCUUUUUAAUCGUAUUGAUUCACAGAGCAUAUAGAGAUCAAAGAAAAUGCGAGAAAAAGUACGGAAAAGACUGGGAUAAGUAUUUGGAAGCGUGUCCUUACAUGUUCAUUCCAUAUAUCUGGUAG